CUGAUGUUGUGGUUGUGUACCAUCAUGUUGAUAUCUUUUCUAGAUAAAGUGUCUGCGACAAUGUUGGAGGAGUCUUUGAUAAACUGGAUGUCCGUAGUGAAUUGAGAAAUAUAAUCCAGUUGUCUGGCUUCCUGUGGUGAAUGCUUGUCGUACGACGUGUUAAAGGAAUAGCACAGGGGUUUAUGAUCAAUCAUAAUACAGAAAUCACGGCCUUGUAGCAGGAAGUUGAAAUGUUUUACAGCUAAAUACAUAGCCAGAAGUUCACGUCCGAAGGUGCUAUAACGCUCUUGAGUUUGCAAUAAUCCUUUGGAAAAGAACGUUAUAGGAGUAAUCUUGUCAUUAAUGCACUGAUGUAACACUGCUCCUACUGCUUUCUGGGAGGCGUCAGUGCAGAGGAUAAAGUGCGUUGUGGGGUCGGUGUUUAGAUGCUGUAGCAUGGUAGCAUUGGAUAUCAUCAAUUUCACUUUAGCGAAAGCCUCUCUGGCCCCGAGCGUUAACGUGAUGGUAUUCUCUUUUUUGGUCUGAGCUGCGGUUUUAUCCAUCUUCAGUAAAUCCGUCAAAGGUUGCAAAAUGGCCGCACAGCUAGGGAGAAUACGUCGGUAAAAAUUGCACAUCCACAGGAACCGGAGUAAUGCCUUGAUCGACUUGAGCUCGGGAAAGUUGACUAUGGUUUCGACUUUUUCUUCAAGCGGUUUAAUUCCUUGGGAAUCAAUGUGAUGUCCCAGGAAUUCCUGAAUGGCUGGUAUGUUAGCUUUCCAUACAUCUGUUGUUGUAGGUUUUCUAUAACCUUUGUUAGGUACAAAAUCUAAAUACGGAUGAUGGCCUACUUUUUGUGCAAUAUAACGACUUUCUCGAUGCAAACUGAACUAGAGCUUCAUUGGCACGUGAAGGCCAGUUGGAGGUCAAUUACCGCUAUAUUGAAACUGUGGCGUUGUAACGCAUUUGUGAUCUUGCUCUGCUAACUUCGGUUCUUGUUUGUCAAGUCGUCUUAAUCUCGCUAUUGUUGUGAGUUGCCUUCAGCUCCUCAGCACUCAACAUAACUUUGGGCCAUACAUAAAUCUGUCAGAGGCUAGACGUUAUAGCUGAACGCUAAGGAAAUCCGAGACUCGUUCCUUUGACGUAAUAUAUUUGAUCAUCUGUACAGCGAACUAAUUUUUACAAUUUUAUUAUGGCGCUAAACAUUGUUGCCAGGUUUUCGCGCAGUGUUAAUUUAAAUACUACACACUUGGAGCAGUUUCGUUGCCCUGUGACUUCUAUUGGAAAAGGCUACUUUGGAUUGCAUCUCAAUCGUAAAUUUAGCACAGAAGCCGUUGGAGAGUCAACGCCGAAGGAAAGUGAUAAAGAAAUAGAAUCCUUAAAGAAUGAAAUGCUGAAAAUAACUGAAAGAUAUAAUGAUUUAGAUGACAAAUAUAAAAGGGCUCUCGCCGAGUCCGAAAACAUGCGGAAACGUUUGAUGAAACAGAUAGAUGAAGCCAAACUAUUCGGUAUCCAAAGUUUCUGCAAAGAUUUACUGGAAGUGGCUGAUAUUUUAACAUCUGCUACUAAAUCAGCUCCUCAAGACCAAUUAAAAGAUGGAGUUAAUCCUCCGUUCGCUAAUUUGUACCAUGGAUUAGUAUUGACAGAAAGCCAGUUGUUCAAGGUUUUCUCCCGCUAUAACUUAGUCCAGAUUUCUCCACAAGUUGGUGAACAUUUUGACCCAAAUAUUCAUGAAGCUGUAUUCCAAGCUCCUUUGGAAGCUGGAAAGGAAAAAAAUACAGUCGCUGUGGUCACAAAAGUAGGUUAUCAAUUACAUGGACGACCUCUGAGACCGGCGUGUGUUGGUGUGUUUGGACCUUAAAAUAAUUAGAUCUGAAGUACUCUAGGAAGCUUGAUGACAAUGUUUGUUGUACACUUUAUCUCAUCAUGAUUCUUUGUGUAAAUGCA